CCAGUAGAUCGAUUUUCAUAUGCCCACAGAGCAACCAGUGCGUGGGACGGUAGAGAACAGAGCCGAGGGUCACUUGUCACAAAUGCCUUUGUGUCUGCCUGCGGUCCACAGAAUGAUGUGGUGGACUCUGGAUCUGGAGUUUGGGGGAGCCGAAGCAGAGCAACUUCUGAUUCUAUUCUACUACCAAACCAACCAUCGCAAGGGAUUUGGUGGCAGAGGAAUCUUUCUUUUCUUUGUAGUAUAUGAUGAAGCUGAGGUUCACUUCACUGGCCUAAUGUCCCGGACAAACAUUCCAAAGAGAAAACAGGAGAAGAGAAGCCAUGGGGGGAAGAGGUGGCGAUCCCCAAACAGGGCCGCUGCUGGAGAAGCUCCCGGAGCCCUCUUGCAGUUCAUCCGAGCCCGAGGAGCAUCCGGUCAAACGAACUGGCACGGUAUGGACGGCGUCCGCGCACAUCAUCACGGCGGUGGUCGGCUCCGGCGUGCUGUCGCUGGCGUGGAGCGUGGCUCAGCUCGGCUGGGUCGGGGGGGCGGCGGCCAUAGUGUUCUUCGCGGGGGUCACCGUGGUGCAGUCCUCCCUGCUCGCCGAAUGCUACGUUUCAAGAGGACAUCCGGAGCGUGGCGGCCUUAUCAGGAACAAGUCCUACAUGAACGCCGUGAGGUUUUACCUAGGUGAGAGGAGACAGAUGUUGAGCGGAUUUUUCCUUAGCAUCAGCCUGUUUGGGAGCGGCGUGGUGUAUACUCUCACCACAGCCACUAGUAUGAGGGCGAUUCACGAAGCGAACCGCUACGGCCGGGAAGGCCAACAGCAGGGCGCACCGUUCUCCACCGCCACCGCCGGGGGCUCAGACGUCUACUACAUGCUCCUGUUCGGCCUCGCGCAGGCAGUGCUGUCGCAGAUACCGGACUUCCACAACAUGGCGUGGCUCUCCGUCUUCGCCGCCGUCAUGUCCUUCUUCUACUCCUUCGUCGGCUUCGGCCUCGGCGCCGCCAAAGUGAUCGAAAAUGGGGUGAUCAAGGGGGGAAUCGGAGGCAUUCCCCUGGCAUCCCCGAUGCAGAAGGUGUGGCGCGUCGCACAGUCCCUCGGGGACAUCGCCUUCGCCUACCCUUACACCUUGGUGCUGCUGGAAAUAGAGGACACGCUGAGGUCGCCGCCGGCGGAGAGCAUUACGAUGAAGGCGGCGUCGAGGGCCAGCAUCGCGAUCACCACCUUCUUCUACCUCGGCUGCGGGUGCUUCGGCUACGCGGCGUUCGGCGACGGCACGCCGGGGAACCUCCUCACCGGCUUCGGCGAGCCCUACUGGCUCAUCGACCUCGCCAACCUCUGCGUCGUCCUCCACCUCCUCGGCGGCUACCAGCUGUACAGCCAGCCGGCGUUCGCGCUCGUGGAGCGACGCUUCGGAGCCGAGGCCUGGGUCGUCGAGGUGCCGCUGCCGCUGCUCCGCUGGCGGCGCAGCGUCAACGUGUUCCGGCUGUGCUUCCGCACGGCGUACGUGGUGGCCGUGACGGCGGUGGCCGUGUGGUACCCCUACUUCAACCAGGUGGUCGGGCUCAUCGGCGCCUUCACCUUCUGGCCGCUGGACAUCCACUUCCCCGUCCAGAUGUACCUUGCGCAGAACAAGGUGGCGCCGUGGACGACGCGGUGGCUCGCCAUUCAGGCCUUCAGCGCCACCUGUUUGCUUGUCGCCGUCUUCGCCUCGGUUGGCUCCGCCGUGGGGGUGUUCGGCCCCAACAGAAGCUAGCUAGCCUAGUACAUAUGCGGUUCGAUCUCUUAAUUUUCUUCAGGUGGCAACUGCAGCAACCCUGAUUUUUGCGUAGCUAUGGAUGUGUUAAUUUGUCUAAGAAAAGUAAAUUCUGCCCUAUGAAAAGCAACUUUCAAAAAAUAUAUACACUUCCGAUCUAUUCAUGAAACAACAUGGUAGUACGAAGAGCACAAAAGUAAUAAAAAUAACGUUCAUUUUCAUAGGCCACUUAGUGACGAUUAGAACAGUGAAACGGUCCGAAGACGCACUGCCGUCAUCACCCGAGCUCUAAGAGACUCUAAGAGCAUCUCUAGCCGAUCCCUAUCCCACUUCCCAAUUAAGGAACCACUGUUGCUCAUCUAGCAGAUCCUCUAUCCUAAAAGUUAGUUGAUUUUUCAGUGUUGUCUUUCGUGCAAACUAGGUAUCAAGUUUCUCCACAGAUUUUGCAAUGGUGUUGAAAAAAGACUGACACACGUGGAAUCGGCUCUGAAAAUAGCAAAGGUAAUAUAUUUAAGUCCCCGCAAAAUAAUCUCUCACUAAACCAUCAUGACACAUGGCGGUCUCGAAAAACCAUCCUUAAACCUAAUUGAGAACCAUGCCGUGGGAUGCGGAUUUUUAGAACAUCUGCGCCGGGGCCGCGUUAUCCCAGCGGUAGAAUCUUUCCACUGUACCUCGAGAUGCCUGACAAGUAAACCAGUUUUGUUGGAACUGUUACCGUGUAGCAGGCUAUUACGGUCGUGUGUGGUCACGUGGGUUCUGCUCCAUUUUGGCUCAGGCUAGAUGGAUGGGCUGCAAGGCGGCGAUUCGAUGGCGCUGGCGCUCGGCCGCGACAUCAAUCCGCCGGCGCGGCGAUAGAUCCAACAUCGCCGCCGGCAAUCCAAUCUUAUCGGUGUGUGUGCUACUCCAUCCUGUGCUGGAAGAAUCAGGAGCACACCAGCGCCCGAGCAGUAAUGGUGGCAAGCCGAGCGACGGCGGCUGGGCGGAUUCCGAUACGGGACUCACGCCGGAGUCGAGAGUAGCUGCUUUCGCCCGGAUCCAAGGCCAUGGAGUGCCUUGAUUGCAAGAACCCGUAUGCUGUGUGUAGAGAUGUCGAGGGACCAAGUUGCCACAUAUCUGUUCCAAUGACAACUUUCUAUUGGUUUGAAUCUGUAAGACCGAGUCAUCACGAUGUUGCUCUACUGCUUUUCAACCUUGACAAACUGCCAUGCUUUUGGUCCCAUCAUUUGCGGUUUGUUCCAUGCUGCAACAGGCAAGUUCUUGGAGCAUAUAUUGAACAUGUGCAAUCCGUUGCGACCAAAGAAAAUAAGCCUGUGGGUAACCCAAUUUUCGCAACAAGAGAACUACUGGAGUAUGAAGUUAUGAUCGACCAUGGAGAUAAAAGGACCAGAAUUCAUGAAAUCGGUUGGCAAAGGUUUCUUGAUGAGUAUGCAGUGCGGCUUGGUGACAUGGUAUAUAUCUGCCUCCCUCGUGGUAAUGGGAGAUUUUUUGUGGAGGUUGAGAGGGGUGGUAUAAGGCAACUCCCACUUCCUUGUCAGUAAGAUUUACACAUCGUAUUUGCAAAACUGAUCUGGCACUCCUUGUCAAGCAUUUUACAUUUCACUGAAUAAUCUGUUUUUUGGCUUUUUAAAAUGUGAUUCUGGCGAGCGUUGAAUGGACUACCCCUGCUGCAUGAUGAUACAGGUUCCCAUGUAACGGCUUCUUUCAAAAAGGCAAACGAUGGCAGACUUCCAUACACGGACAACUUGAUUUGGAGGAAGACGAUCUUGUGGUUAUCACAAUUCACAGGCACUGGGUCUCCCUCCACAACAGUCCGGAUCUGCAUCCUAUCUUAAACUACUAAAUUAUGCCUAAUAUGCACUAGGGGCAAUACCGAUAUAUAGCUCACGGGAUGCUUGUUUCUUCUGUGUAAGUCGUCGUUUAAGGAUUUGUGGCAUUGUCAGUGUGGUCUAUGGCUAUAUGUAAGUUUGAACCUAUGCAGUAUCCGUGUCUAUUUUUAAGUUUUAGUGGCAUGUGACCAUCAAUGAUCA